UGCUCUGUGAAUCCAUGCUUUCCCCGUGUCCGCUGUGUCAACACAUCUCCUGGAUUCCACUGUGAUCCAUGUCCUAUUGGUUACAUAGGGAAGAGGGUAGAAGGAGUUGGCUUGGAGUUUGCUAGAGCAAAUAAGCAGAUGUGUCAGGAUAUAGAUGAAUGUGGAAGUGGAAGCAAAGUGUGUCCUGCCAACACUGUCUGCACAAACACUAAAGGUUCAUACAAAUGUGCAGCCUGUAAAGCAGGGUCAGGAGGUAAUCAGAAUUCUGCCUGUAAAACAGAAAGAAGGUGCCCAAAUGGAGAGAUUAGCAAGUGUCAUGAAAAUGCAGAUUGUGUUAUGGACAGGGAUGGAACCGUAGCAUGUGUGUGUAAAGUUGGAUGGGCAGGAAAUGGACUGAUGUGUGCCAAGGACACAGACAUUGAUGGAUUCCCAGACGAAAAGCUGAGAUGUUCUGAUUUGAGAUGCAAAAAAGACAACUGUGUAACUGUGCCUAAUUCUGGCCAGGAAGAUGCUGACGGGGAUGGAAUUGGAGAUGCAUGUGAUGAUGAUGCUGACGGAGACGGGAUACCAAAUAUUCAGGAUAACUGUGUCUAUGUUCCCAAUGUGGAUCAGAAAAAUGCAGAUCAGGAUAAUUUCGGUGAUGCUUGUGAUAACUGUCGUAAUGUGAAAAAUGAUGAUCAGAAGGACACUGACAAAGAUGGAAAAGGAGACAUAUGUGAUGAUGACAUAGAUGGAGACAAAAUUAAGAAUGCUGUGGAUAACUGCAAAAUUGUCCCAAACACAGACCAGAAGGACACAGAUGGCGAUGGUGUAGGUGAUGCAUGUGACAGCUGUCCCACUAUUCGCAAUCCAGACCAGGCAGAUGCGGACCAUGACUUAGUCGGAGAUAAAUGUGUACCAAUCAAGAUCGAGAUGGUGAUGGCCUCCAAGAUUCACGUGACAAUUGUCCAUCGGAUAUUAAUAGUUCACAGCUAGACACAGAUAAGGAUGGUUUAGGAGAUGAAUGUGAUGAUGAUGAUGAUAAUGAUGGCAUCCCAGAUACUGCACCACCUGGCCCAGAUAAUUGCAGAAAAGUACCAAACCCAGACCAAGCAGAUUCUGAUGGGAAUGGUAUUGGUGAUGCUUGUGAAGGAGAUUAUGACAAAGACAUGGUGGUAGAUAAAAUUGAUGCUUGCCCUGAUAAUGCUGAAAUUACCCUAACAGACUUCAGAGAUUUUCAGACUGUUGUUUUGGACCCAGAGGGGAGAUGCUCAAAUCGAUCCAAAUUGGAUUGUAUUAAAUGAGGGAAUGGAAAUUGUCCAAACAAUGAACAGUGAUCCAGGACUGGCUGUUGGUUACACUGCAUUCAAUGGAGUAGACUUUGAAGGAACAUUUCAUGUUAACACAGAAACAGAUGAUGAUUACGCUGGUUUUAUAUUUGGAUAUCAGGACAGCUCCAGCUUCUAUGCAGUUAUGUGGAAACAGAUGGAACAAACAUAUUGGCAGGCGAAUCCCUUUCGGGCUGUGGCUGAACCUGGCAUUCAGCUAAAGGCUAUCAAGUCCACUACAGGGCCUGGAGAGCAACUUAGGAAUUCCUUGUGGCAUACAGGAGACUCCGCAAACCAAGUCAGACUACUAUGGAAAGAUCCCCGAAAUGUGGGCUGGAAAGAUAAGACAUCAUACCGCUGGGCCUUAAAACAUAGACCUUCAGUAGGAUAUAUUAGAGUCAAGUUUUUUGAGGGCCCUGAGCUGGUAGCAGACUCUGGGGUCAUAAUUGACACCACAAUGAGAGGAGGACGUCUUGGAGUCUUCUGUUUCUCUCAAGAGAAUAUAAUUUGGUCCAACCUUCGAUAUCGUUGUAAUGAUACAAUACCGGAUGACUAUGAGACAUUUAAAGAGCAGAGGAGAAAAGCCUGA